AUGCCUAACACUACCGUCCCCACCGCCGACCAAAUCCUUAUCCCAGAAACUCUUCUUAAGAAGCGCAAGGCUCAACAGAAGACUGCUGAGGAGCGCGCCGCGGCUGCUGAGACAAGAAAGAAGGACGUCAAGGCCAAGCGCGAAGUUAUCUUCAAGCGUGCGGAGAAGUACGUAAAGGAAUACCGUGAGGCAGAGCGUGAGAAAAUCCGCCUUGCUCGUGAAGCCAAGAGGAACGGCAGCUUUUAUGUCCCUGCUCAACCGAAGCUUGUCUUUGUUGUUCGUAUCAAGGGUAUCAACAAGAUCGCCCCCAAGCCUCGCAAGAUCCUUCAACUCCUCCGUCUCCUCCAGAUCAACAACGGUGUCUUCGUUCGCCUUACCAAGGCCACUGCUGAAAUGCUCCGUGUCGUUGAGCCAUGGAUUGCAUACGGUGAACCAAACCUCAAGUCCGUCCGUGAGUUGAUCUACAAGCGUGGCUACGGAAAGAUUGAUCGCCAGAGAAUCCCCUUGACCGAUAACAAGCUUAUUGAGGAGAACUUGGGCAAGUAUGGAAUCAUCUCCAUCGAGGAUCUUAUCCAUGAGAUCUACACUGUCGGCCCUAACUUCAAGCAAGCUUCCAACUUUCUCUGGCCCUUCAAGCUCUCUUCUCCCAACGGCGGUUUCCGCACUCGCAAAUUCAAACAUUUUGUCGAGGGCGGUGACUUGGGUGAUCGUGAGCAGUUCAUUAACCAGCUCAUCCGUAAAAUGAACUAGAAACUGGAGGUUGUCACAAUUUCUUAUUUUUCCUAUUAGGGGUUCCAAAUAAACGGUUCUUUUCCUGCCA